CAUUGAAAUGUCACGGGAUUGUCAGAUUGUGAUUUCCAGGCCUGGAAAUGUCAUGGGCAUCAGUAAAAUCUUCAUGGAAAUACAUGAAUAGCUGUCAUGUCGUGGAUUCGAGAGACAGAACUAAGACUUAUUGAAAGGCUUACUGCCAACAUCCUAAAGGCAGGGCCGAUGCCCAAACAUGUUGCAUUUAUCAUGGAUGGUAACAGACGUUACGCUCAAAAGAAGCACGUGGAACGGAAGGAGGGUCACACUCAGGGCUUUGACAAACUGGCAGAGACACUUCGUUGGUGUCUAAACCUGGGCAUCCAUGAGGUCACCGUUUACGCGUUCAGCAUUGAGAACUUCAAGCGUUCUAGAGAAGAGGUGGAUGGUCUGAUAGAGCUGGCCAGACAGAAGUUCAGCCGCCUGUUGACGGAGAAAGAGAAUCUCGAGAAGCAUGGUGUGUGUAUUCGGGUGCUGGGAGAUCUGACUCUGCUGCCGGAAGACCUGCAGCAACUUAUUGCCAAAGCUGUGGUGUCUACUAGAGCUCACAACAAGUGUUUUCUAAAUGUGUGUUUUGCGUACACAUCGAGACAUGAAAUUGCAAAUGCAGUCAAGGAAAUGGCAUGGGGAGUAGAGCAGGGCUUAAUAAAAUCCAGUGAUGUGUCUGAAGGGCUCCUCAGUCAGUGUCUGUACAGCAGUAACUCCCCAAACCCUGAUCUGCUCAUCCGUACAUCUGGAGAAGUGCGUCUUAGUGACUUCCUGCUGUGGCAGACCUCAUAUUCGUGUCUGGUGUUCCAGUCUAUCCUGUGGCCAGAAUAUUCCUUCUGGAAUCUGUGUGAUGCCAUUCUGCAGUACCAGUUGAGUUCUCAAUCUCUCCAGAAAGCUCGGGAUCUACACAAAGAAGACCAAGUGCUACAGCAGAUGGAAGCAGAUCGCACCUGUGUGACUGAACUCCUUCACCAUCAUGGAAAUGGAAAACCCAUGGAUGCCCAGAGUCAAGAGACAAUGCUGUUAAACUACAUUGCCAGUCGGGAAGAGAGGGUUCGCUGCUUUCUCAAUGCCCUUCAGCACAAGAGAGACACUUUCAUCAACGAUUUAAGCAGCCAGGCUGUCAUUGCUUAGAUUUGAACUUAUAUAUUUUUAGCAAUCUGUAAAUAAUUUAGAUAUGGAAAGAUGUUUCACCCCGUUUUAUGGGGUUGUGGUUACAUGUGUACUGUAUGUUUAUCUUGGAAAUAUGUCCUCUAGCAGUGGAUUACAAAUUUUACAUUUAAUUCAUUUUGAUUGAUAGCAGGGGCUGCCUUUGUAAACUAGAAAUGCCAGAAAAUGCAAUGGGUGAAAUUUGUUUUAUUGCACUGUGUCUUUGUGUUUUUGCAGAGAUCUAAACAGGGUUCCCUCACUUUUUGACCUAUGAAUGUUCAUGACGUUUCCAGUCGUUUGUCAGUAUUGGAUACCCGUUUUAAAAACAAUUCAAAUUCAGACUGAUUUAUAAACCUGUCUGACUUGACAAUGAUUUACAAAUCACUAAGGCUUGUGAGCAUGUUUUACUCGAGCAAUAUCUAGCUAAUUAAAUAUUUUAGAGCAGAGCAUAACUAGAGAAUCCAUAUUCAACUAUAGUAUUUUCCAUGAUUAAUUUUAAUAACAUGAUUUCCAAAACGCAGUUCUGAAAUUCCCUGACAUGUCCAAGUUAUUUUAGUUACCGUGGAAACGCUGUACAUAAUGAUUUCAUAUUGGUCACAUCUGGCUAACAAUUCCAUUCCUUA